GUGCAUCAAAGGCUUUCCACAUUCUACAGACCCUGCGAGAAGAAGAUUGAACCGCUAAAGUAUCUCGAUCUAGGGAGCUUUUACACCGGUGGUGGAGCAAAGAACAAGUUUUUUACGAUUGCCUACACCCGGGGCAACUGUGUGGCCACACUGCGGCAAGAGGUGAUGUCCAGAAAGUGCAAAUGUUUCUCCGAGGACGCCUUUGUACCCUUCUAUCUGGCUAGGAACCUCUCCAAGCAGGGCUUCUGCCAUUCCAUGGAAGGGAAUGGGACUGCGGAGCGGGCCAAGUGUCACGACAGAAUUGCUCAGAUGACUGCGGAAGAGGUGAGGGAGAAGCCGACAACGUUUUGCUUCUUUGGAUUCCUUAGUAGAUGUAGACACGAAUCAGGCAAUUUAAGCCAAUCCACAAAAAUACAGCUAAUCGAACCUUAA